AUGCAAACUUGUCUUACGGAGGCAGUCCUGUUGGAAAAUCCCUCGCCUCUGCAGGAUAUAAAACGAGGGCCCGUCUCCAGGACGGGACAUCUCACUCGGGUCACUUGCAGCCGGAGCUGCUGCUGCGAGCAGCUUCCUGUGUGCUCGUUUCCUCUUUUCAUUCAUUCAUUCAUUCAUGGUUUAACUGUCUGGCCCUCAGAUCUCCGUCUGCUCGCCGCCCUGAUGCUGGCAGCAGCCCUGCCGCUCUGCGUCCCGGGAGCUCCUCUGGAAGGAGCCGUCACCGAUCUGCCUCCGGAGGAGAGCUCAGGUGACGGAGAGGAGGUGGUCCAGACGAAGCCGAGCCUGACCGAUCCUUCUAACAUCACCGAGACUUUGGCGCAGAUCCUUAAAGUCACCAAGGGCCACAAAGAAGAGGUGAGACCUCGCUUCCUUAAGACCUUGAUCCCGGUUAAAUUCCCAAAGUCCAAGGAGGCCGGCCUCCAGCAGCUGGCUCAGGAUCUGACCAAGUACUUGGUUCUCCUGAAACACGUCGACAAGGAGUACCCCGGCAAACUCAUCGUGACCGAACUGAAAGCGACCCUUCCUCGGCUGAUCACAAAGAUCAAGCGAACGGUGAGUCCUCGGCUGUCCAUCUCAGUCAAUUCAAUUGAGGCCUUGAGACCACACGUGUUAAUGGAAAGUGGAAGGACAGAGUCAUGUUUUCUUCUGUAUUUGGCCCCUGCGCUCGCAGACACCUCUAUAAACAUCUUGGCGUUUCUGUCCCCGCAGAUGAGAAACGCUGACCGUGUCGUGGCUCUGACCGGCAGCCAGGAGCUGCAGCUGCUCAAGGACCUCGAAAGCCUCGAUUCGUACCACAGGAAGAUGAUGGCGCACAGCGUCCUUAGCUCGAUCCGCGAUUUCCUUGUCGAGUGGAAGAGGGAGCUGACUAAAAGGCAGGUGCGAAAAGCGCAGAGCAGUAAUCUCAGCGAGACGGAAGCCGACUAGCGUCUUUUAGGAAGGAACCGCUCAGGUCCAUCAGGUGAUCUCUGCUCUUCGCAAGAGUGUGCAAGUCACAGUAGUUUACUGGAUCUCCAAGUUAAAUAAUUAUUCUGAGAAUAUUUAAUUAUUUAUAUUAAGCACUGUAUUUAUUGGAGAAGAGAUAUUUAUUGAAUACAUUUUAUAUUUUAUUGU